UAAGCGAUAAUCACCAUUAGCACAGAAUCAUUGUUGAUGGCGACCUUCAUCAUUAUCAAUUCUCGAGCACGAACUCUGCCCCAGGAAUCGCCAAUCCAAGCAGGAGGAACUAAGGAAUAUUUAUUGCGGAAUUUGUCUGGAAGUGUCGGGUGUCACUGUUUUGUCGAUUUUUGUUAAUGAAUUAUCUGAGGGGUUAUUCUCCGUGUUUUAGGUUGAAGCUUACGGUUUCCGAGCACUGAGAGGAGCCUCCGAUUUGGGUGAGUUUUGGAUGUGCAGUUAAGAGAUUGAAGUGUGUGAUUUGAGGCAAUUGAUUUCUUCUGUUGUUAGAAGCAGAUUGAAGCACUAGGGUUUCAGUGAAGGUGAUAGCUGAUCGAUUCCUUAGGUAAUUUGGUGUUCUGGAGGAAUUUACGAAGGUGGAUUGAUCUUGAGCAUUGCAAGAUGUCAUCCAGAUCUUCAUCCCGAAUUUCUCCUGCAGUUGGUACUCCACUAUCUGCCUUCAGCUCUCAGCCAUCUUCUUCACCUCCUAAUUUACCAAACUCUUCGUCGUCUGCACCGCCGCCACAGCUUAAUCCACCACUAAAAUCUCCUAGUGCACCUGCACCUCAGUUCAAUACAUCUCUAGCAGACCCUCCUAGCUCACCUUUACCCAACUUGAAUUCUUCUCCAACUGUCUCGCCAUUGCCGCAAUCCCCUCCUUCGUCAAAUGUGACACCACCUCCACCUCCAUCCAUGGCUUCUCCACCUACAGCCAGUCCACCACCUCCGCCUUCAACUCUACCUCCUCAACUGUCUAAUCCUCCGCCAACAUUGUCUCCGCCGCCACUGAAUCCACCGACUACAUUGCCACCACCCUCUCCACCAUCUGAGCCUCCUAGUUCCCCACUUCCCAAGACACCUAAUCCCCCUUCACCCCCAUCGCCCGAAGUUCCUGAAAAUCCACAUCCACCACCUGUCAAACCACCAAAUAAUCACCCACCUCUACCAGCUAGAAAACCACCAGAACAUUCACCUCCACAACUACAGCCUCCUACCGGUGGUUCGCCACCACAACCAUCAUCUCCACAUGCACCAGCAAAACCACCCCAAAAUUCACCACCACCAGCACCACUUGAGCCUCCCCAUAAUACCCCCACGCCGCCAGCUAUAUCUUCUUCUCCACAUACUCCAUUUUCAAAUUAUCCUCCAAGAUCACCGCCUUCUCCCUCUGGCUCACUGACAUCAUCACCCGCAGCGCCGCCAGCAAAUACUAGCAAAAAUAUUUCCACUAGCAAUUCUCCGAAAGGAUCACAAUCCACAAGUGAUGGUGGCGUAACCGGAGGUACUGUGGCAGUUGUUCUGGUUCUUACUCUGCUGUUGUUUGGAAUAUUUGGAAGUGCCGCUUGUUUUGUGUGGAAGCGGAAGAAAAGGGCUCAUCAACGCACUGGUAGCUACCUUAUGCCUAUCUCUAUUGGUUCUACUCUUGAAUCAGAUAAGAGCUUUCAAAAAGAGCAAAUAUCAGCACCCAACAGUGGAAGUGGCGCUGGCGGUGGUACUUCUAACUCACCUCACAAAUCUGGUGGUUUGAACAAUUCAAGGUCAUGGUUCACCUAUAAGGAAUUACUUGAUGCCACAAAUGAAUUUUCAGUCGAGAAUCUCUUAGGGGAAGGUGGGUUUGGUUCUGUAUACAAAGGAACUCUUGUGGACGGUAGAGUGGUGGCAGUUAAGCAACUAAAGAUUGGUGGGCGGCAGGGGGAGCGAGAAUUUAAAGCUGAAGUCGAGAUAAUAAGCCGUAUACACCAUCGUCAUUUGGUUUCACUUGUGGGUUAUUGCAUUUUUAAUGACAGUAGGCUGCUUGUUUAUGAUUAUCUCCCUAACAACACCCUGUACUUCCAUCUUCAUGGUGAAGGUAGGCCUGUCAUGGAUUGGGAUACACGUGUAAAGAUUGCUGUUGGUGCAGCUCGUGGAAUAGCCUACCUUCAUGAAGACUGUCAUCCCCGUAUUAUUCAUAGGGAUAUCAAAUCAUCAAAUAUUCUUAUAGAUGACAAUUUUGAAGCCCGGGUUUCUGACUUUGGACUCGCGAAAUUAGCUCUAGAUGCAAACACACAUAUCACUACACGUGUGAUGGGAACCUUUGGAUACAUGGCUCCCGAGUACGCCUCCAGUGGCAAGUUAACUGAAAAGUCUGAUGUGUACUCCUUUGGAGUUGUGCUCUUGGAAUUAAUCACUGGUCGGAAGCCUGUAGAUACAUCUCAGCCACAAGGGGAAGAGAGCCUUGUUGAAUGGGCACGACCCUUGUUGAGUCAUGCGAUUGAGACACAGGAUUUCCACGAACUAUCUGAUCCGAGGCUCCAAGGAAGUUAUCCUGAUGCUGAGAUGUUCCAACUGAUUGAAGCUGCUGCGGCUUGUGUACGCCACUCAGCCAUUAAGAGGCCAAAAAUGGGGCAGGUUGUGAGAGCUUUCGACCAAAUGGGUACCUCGGAUUUGACAAAUGGAAUGAGACUGGGAGAAAGUGAAAUGUUCAAUGCCACUCAACGAUCCGAUGAAUUUAGAUGGUUUCGGAGGAUGGCAUUUGGUAGCCAAAAUUACAGCACAAACUUUUUCCAGUCAAAAUAGCUGGAAUUGUGAAGCCAUCUGGAGAAACAAUCAGGACAGAUUGAUAUGCUGACAUCCAAACGGAAAAGAGGAACAGUUUUGUGCAGAACCAAUCCCCUGCCCCUUAAGGGAAUGAUGCAUCUGCAGGAGAAGCCCCUGGCACAAAUGGCGUCGAUGGAGAUAAUUUACUUCUAAAUAAACAAAAGUAGCAGAGCCCUAUCCCUACAUUCGACAAGAGUUAACAUAAACUAGAGGUUCAUACUGAGGUAAAUCAAGAAAGGGAAAAGGUGUACUAAAGCACAAAUUGAAGAGCUCUACAACCGAAAGCAACAUGAGAAAUUAGAAGCUUCUAAAACAGACAAAACGUAAGGGGAAGGUGAAUAAUUUGCUCUAAGUUGUUGUUUGUGUAAAUUUUUUUAGCUCCCAGAUUUAUAUACAUUCACUGAUAAAUAUUUAUUCGGUAUUUUGUCAUGCUGUUUAGCAAUUGUUCAGUUGUUCUUUAGAUUUAUGUGUUUUUUUGUUUCGCUUUUGUUCUUGUCGCUAUAGAAUAUUCUUCAAAUUGAGUUUCUCUCAUGAUGUGGCAUGUGCUUUGUGUUGCUUCUAGCGAGGAUGUUUGACAAUUCAUUGUAAUUUGAUAAUCCUUUAGGCGAUAUAAAGUACAUAUUUUGUAUUUACA